UCGUGUAUGUGGAGGGGAGGGUGUUCACUAGUGUUCACUUUUACUUGCUUUUCUGACAGUAGUCGUUAGGAAAGAAAAGAACGGCUACUAAACAUUAUUUUCGCGUUUGUUAACUCGCUGUUGAUUUAACGCUCAUCAUGGACGAUUUACAGAAUUACAAAUUGCAGCUCCAGCAGGUGGAAGCAGCUCUCACCACGGACCCCACUAACGAGGAGCUUCUGAAAUUGAAAAUUGAUCUCGAGGAAGUAAUAGAGCUGACACAUGAUUUAAUUAAAUCACAACAACAGGAAAAAAGGCAAGCCAAUGGCAUGGAUGCUAAAGAUCCUAUUUUACUUGCAGUUUUGGCCAAUAAAUGGAAGGUUGGUGAUCAGUGUAUGGCACCUUGGAGUGAGGAUGGCAAAUAUUACGAGGCAACCAUAGAUGCAAUUAGUGAAGAUGGUAUUGUUAAUGUAACUUUUAAUGAGUACAAAAACACAGAUGUUACAAUGCUUAGCCAGCUAAAAUCAGUAGCCAAAAGGCCAGCAUCGGAUUGGGCAGAUCAAAAGUCGAAAAAAAUGCAAGCUGCUGCAGUAGCAGGUUCAGAUCCUAAUAAACAGCGAGAAUAUCUAAAAAAAAAGAAACAAAGAAAACUUCAGCGGUUUAAAGAACUCGAAGAGGAACGUGAAAUGGAGAAAAACAAAUGGCUAGCAUUUACGAAUAAGUCUUCGAAGAAAGGUGUAAUUAAGAAGAGUAUAUUUGCAACGCCAGAAAAUGUAAAUGGUCGCGUUGGGAUUGGCACGUGUGGCGUAAGCGGUCGAGAAAUGACGAAAUUUAGCAACGGCGAAAAGUGGAGGAGGGGAGCAUGAAUGCUAUUGUAAAUACACAAAUUAAUAUUUCGUGAGAUAGAACUAUCAAUUAUUGUUAUAUUACACCGAAUUCAGUUUUUUAAAAAACUGAAAAAAGGUAUGUUUUGCGUUGUGAGAAUGUUUCAUCUGGGCACGUGGACUAAGAGUGUGUAGCUGUAUUUUCGGAUUGUGCGUAGACAUUACAUUAUGAAGGAACAAUGACCUCAAUAAAUCCCGAAAUUAUCUGGAUUUUCUACCUUCUUGAAACGAAUGAUUGUCACGAAUGAAUGAGUUUCUAGAUUAACACAUUUAUGUGGAUAUGAUUUGUUUAUAAUCUAUAAUUGAUAUGAAUAAAUGUAUAUUUUAAAUCCAAACAACGUUUAGAU